CCCUCGGGAGCCAUCUUGGAAGCUGAGAGGCGGCGGCGGCGGCGGCAGCAGCGAAGACGCUGCGGCGGGUGCGGUGGGCUAAGUCCCAGCGCGGGUGCGGCUCACAGAACGGGCCCCACUCUUCCGCACCCUGCUCUGGCCUCGACCACGGCGAACCUGAACGCGGCGGCGGCCUCAGGGAGAGGUGCUGGGCAAGUUGAGCUGUCUGGCCCACAUGGCUUCUGAAGCCAAGAACUUGGGGACAAUGUUUUCUGGAAGCAUUUCUUGGCCAUGCUGGACAGUAACCUUGUUCCUGGUGUGAGCAUUCUUGGAAACAUCAGGCAAAAGCCAUUGAUUCUGCCAGAAAGAUGAGCAGUAACAGCAAUAAGAGAGCUCCAACAACAGCAACACAGAGGUUGAAACAGGACUACCUUCGAAUUAAGAAAGACCCGGUGCCUUACAUCUGUGCAGAGCCCCUCCCUUCAAAUAUUCUUGAAUGGCAUUAUGUUGUCCGAGGCCCUGAGAUGACUCCUUAUGAAGGUGGCUAUUACCAUGGAAAACUAAUUUUUCCCAGAGAAUUUCCAUUUAAGCCUCCUAGUAUUUACAUGAUAACCCCCAAUGGGAGAUUUAAGUGCAACACAAGGUUGUGUCUCUCCAUCACAGAUUUCCACCCAGAUACAUGGAAUCCAGCGUGGUCUGUCUCCACCAUUCUGACAGGGCUUCUGAGCUUCAUGGUGGAAAAGGGCCCCACCUUGGGCAGCAUAGAGACAUCGGACUUCACGAAAAGACAGCUGGCAGCACAGAGUUUAGUGUUUAAUUUAAAAGAUAAAGUCUUUUGUGAAUUAUUUCCUGAAGUUGUGGAGGAAAUUAAACAGAAACAGAAAGCACAAGAUGAACUAAGUAGCAGGCCCCAGAACCUUCCCUUGCCUGACGUGGUUCCUGAUGGGGAGAUGCACCGUGGUCAGAAUGGGCUCCAGCUCCUCAAUGGGCAUGCACCUGCUGCUGGCCCUAACCUCGCUGGGCUUCCACAGGCCAACAGGCAUCAUGGACUCCUGGGCGGCGCUUUGGCGAACUUGUUUGUUAUAGUUGGGUUUGCAGCCUUUGCCUACACGGUCAAGUAUGUGCUGAGAAGCAUAGCACAGGAGUGAGGCUCAAGAGCCCCGCAAUCUACAGUUGCUGCUGAGGGACACGGGCCAGAGCUUGAUGCAGGCGGGAUGGACAUGCUGCUACGCACAGGAUGGCCUGCUGGACUCCUGGGCUUCACUUUUUAGAAACCUUAAAAAGAAAGCAAAAACCAAAAUGUGUGAUUUGGAGGAGAUUGGAGAGUCUUAACUCCCUCUUGAGGCUGAUGUGGACAAGGGCCACUCACACUUUGGUUUUAUUGCUUACUCCUGUGUUGUCUUUUGGACUGUUUAGUAAACCUGGUUUGUUUGUUUGUUUUUUUCCAUUUUAUUAGAUUUGAUCACUCAAAAAUAUAAAACUUUAAUGCCUAUCAAA